UUACAGCUCUUUUAGAAUUUGUCUAGCAGGUUUUCUGACUUGUGUCGGAAAACCCCUCCCAAUCUCACUGGUUUAUAAUAGCAGCAAACGUCCCCUUGUCCCUGCCGAGCGGUGGGGUGGGGGGGCUCUGGUCCCGUUCUAGUUCCCUUGGAAAUGCGUGUGUGCUCGAGCCACGCUCGAAGACUUCCGCCACAUGCAAUAGCGCUUCCUUUCUGCUUCCACUGACCCGCAGCCGUGGGGGAGGCAGCUGGCUGCAGGCUUCUCCGGAUCUCUUCUGUGUUCCCACUACUCAAGUACCGAGAGACGUCCUAUGGCGUCCGCCUCGGCUCAGCCCGCGGCCCUGAGCGCAGAGCAGGCCAAGGUGGUCUUGGCGGAGGUGAUCCAAGCGUUCUCGGCCCCAGAGAAUGCCGUGCGCAUGGACGAGGCUAGAGACAAUGCGUGCAACGAUAUGGGCAAGAUGCUGCAGUUCGUGCUGCCCGUAGCCACACAGAUCCAGCAGGAGGUUAUUAAAGCCUAUGGCUUCAGCUGCGACGGGGAAGGUGUCCUUAAGUUUGCCCGCCUGGUCAAGUCUUAUGAAGCCCAGGAUCCUGAGAUUGCCAGCCUGUCAGGCAAGCUAAAGGCCCUGUUCCUGCCACCCAUGACACUGCCGCCCCAUGGGCCUGCUUCCGGAAGUAGUGUGGCUGCCUCCUGAGAUUGGUUCUUUUCUGUAUGCCGCUGCUAUGGAAGAGGCCCUUGUGUUCCAGAGGAUAAUAAAUGUACUUGUGACCAAA